AUGAACGAAUCAUUGGUGGGCUUCUUGAAAUAUAUAAAAAACACAUAUUUGCGGGAGGAGACUUAUAAAUCGUCACACUUGUCGAUCGUCUGCGGUAACGAAAGCGCGGAUCUGGAUUCGGUGGUUUCUGCAAUUACUUAUGCAUACUUUAGCUAUAUAAAAAAUCCCAGCAAGCCACUCGUGCCCGUGCUGAAUAUUUUGAGAGCCGAUUUAGAGCUGCGCAGAGACGUGGUCUGGAUUUUAAAGCAACGCAAUAUUCCACAUAGUUUGUUGUACUUCCAUGAAGACCUGCAAGAUUUGCGUAAAAGUUUCAAAGGACCAAUCGAGGCAGUUUUGGUGGACCACAACGAUCCACAAUCCGUGAUGAAAAACUUGGUGGACUCCGUGGUGGGCGUCAUAGACCAUCAUGAGGAUUUGGGGCUGCACAAAGAUAUUAUAAGCCGCCAUAAUCCCCGGAUCAUCACGCCCUCGGGAAGCUGCUCUUCUCUGGUGUUCAAUUACUGGCACAAGACACUCGACAGCUCCGAGAGAGCAAAAAUGAGUCCUGACGCGUUGUCCUUGUGUCUGGGGGCUUUACUAAUUGAUACGAGUAAAAUGUCCCAUAAGGUCGAGCAUCCGGACCAAAAGGCUCACGCCGCAUACAAGCAGUCGCUUCCAAACCUCAAUUUCGACGAGUUCUUUUCCCAACUUCGUCAAGCUAAGGAUGACAUAGUGGGACUUUCUUUGAGAGAUAUCUUGAGAAAAGAUUAUAAGGAGUUUGAAUUUUCCAAAAAGCAAGGCCUUCUGAAAUGCGGCUUCGCCUCUGUCGUCAAACCAUUGGAGUGGAUUUAUGCUCAAUUUCCUGAUCAAGAAUUUGUAGAUUCCUGUGAGAAUUUUGGGAGCGAAAGGUCCUUGGAUAUAUUGGUGGUUUUGACGAGCUGGACUGACUCCAAGGGCCAAUUUGAGCGUCAAGUGGCUUCCUACGCUAAAGAAAAACCGAAUAUUGAAUAUUCUCGGCUAAUCGCUCAGCAGAUUGCCGCACCUUUAAAGUUGCAACCUUUAGAGGUCCUGAAUCCCCCAAGUGAAAACUGUGCAUUUUUUUCCCAGCUUGAUACGAGUGCAAGUCGUAAACAAGUGGUACCCUAUGUGCAUGAUGCCUGCGAAAACCUAUGA